UUUUUUUUUAAAAAAAAGCAAGCCUCCAACAUUACACAGGGCUUAUCAUACCGGGAAGCAGCCCCCCAGUCGUAUCCCCCCUAUCUCCGGCAGCGCCGCAGCGGCACGGCACCGGUAUGAUGGCCGCUGCGAGAAUGGCGUUCGCCUCUUGCGCCCGCCUCCUCCCGUCCUCAUCCUCUCCGCUCACCCUCGCAAGGCCCCGCGCCGGCGCCGUCUCGUUCCUGGCUGCCCGACCGUCGCCGAGAUCCGGCAGGAAUCUUGCUCUCUUCUGCUCUUCAUCACCGACGUCGCUACCGCUAACGGAUGCGGUGGAGGAGACGAAGCCCCCGGUGCCGAGCGGGGACGACAAGGCGGAACCGACCGUGGAGGACCUAGUGGGCUUGCUGGACGUCCGGGUGGGCCGGGUGUUGAAGGCGUGGAGGCACCCGGAGGCGGACACGCUCUAUGUUGAGGAGGUGGACGUAGGCGAGGCGGAGCCCCGGACCAUCUGCAGCGGCCUCGUCAACUUCAUCCCCAUCCAAGACCUCCAGGACAGCAACGUGAUUGUUCUUGCUAACCUCAAACCAAGGAACAUGCGUGGCAUCAAGUCAAAUGGCAUGCUCAUGGCUGCCUCUGAUGCUUCCCAUGAGAAUGUGGAGCUGCUCAUCCCUCCAGAAGGUUCCUUGCCUGGUGAAAGAGUAUGGUUUGGUUCAGAAGAAGAAAAGCAUCGUCAAUCUGACCCUGCAUCACCAAAUCAGGUCCAAAAGAAGAAGAUCUGGGAAGCUGUUCAGCCUCAUCUUAGAACAACAGAUAACUGCAUUGUGGUUCUUGGUGAUAAACAAAUGCGUACCUCUGCAGGCCCAAUUUUCUGCAAAUCGCUUCAGGGUGCAAGAGUGUCAUAAAUCUUUAUGGUGAACAUCUUUCUUGUAUCAUGGAAUCGUGUGUCAUGUACCUUCCCCGCAAAUAAUAACUAUACGAGUAGAACAACAGUGACAGAAUUUUCUUUCCGACUAUUGAGAUAUUCACCAUACUGGAAUCAUUCACAUUUAGUUCUCACUUUUCAGUGUCAAAACUAAGUGCUUCCUGGACAUUAUAUUUAGGAAUUUACAUUAUUUCCUAGCUAAAUUUCAAUUGAAGAUUCAAGGUUGA